AUGCGCAGCCUCGUCUUCCUCCCGCCACCGAACCUCUCUCAUUUCCCCACAGCCGCGUAUCCGCACUCCAUACGUCAAACCACGUUCACCCUCGCCUCACAUCCGCCGCUCGACCGCCCCGCCCGUAUCCUAGCCGACGAAACACGCGCUCCGUCACACAAUGUAUCGCAACAGCAGGAGGUCAUUGUGCCGGACUCAGUAGACCUGCACCAGGAGGUGCUGCACUUCGACUCGGUGCAAGACGACGAAUCCAUCGCGCGGUCUGAAGUGCCUGAUGCGCCCGUGGGUGUGCCGUGGGAGGUGUUGCAUGGGGUCGAUGCGUCCGUUGCGGGUGCAGGGAUCGAUCGCGGGGAUGCGAGGAGGGCGCUGAAGAGGGUGAGGAUACGAAGCCCCGUGCUUGUCGUUGAGACGCCAGAACGACGUGGUUUCGCUUUCAAAGCGCAGAAUCCAAGGGCUGGCGGUGAAGGUAGCAGUGACGGCCAGGAACAUGUCUACGAUCAAGAGGGGAGAACGGAAGUGGAAGCGGAUAAGAGUCGAGUGGUGCUCGGCGAAGAGAGUGAUAGCGGCGACGAGCAUGCGGAUACAAGCAACAGCAUCGUCCGUCGAUCAAUUGUAGCCGACGAGACCAACGCAACACUUCCAUGCUUGGCGACGGAGCACACGAGCAAUGCUGGAGUCGAUCAAAGUCGACACGAUACAGACCAGUCGAGUCAUCGAUACGAUCUGUCACUUGUUGCUGCUAUUCCUGUCUCUCGAGUAGCCGCAGCAAAAGCGGCGAACCAUUCCACCUCUUCCACAGCAGCACCACCAGAACGAGUGUCGGCAGACACAAACCCAGCAUCGCAGUCCGCAUCAUCGCUGCAGAUUCGACCGCCUGUUCCCGCCGCCGUCGGAGCAGGGGAACCACAAGCCACCUGUCGUUUCACGUUCUUCUCCAAACGCGCCGCCCCUCGAGCAUCCAACUCGAUCACUGCCGCAAGUGCAACCAACCAUGCACUCGCUGACGACGAACCCAGUACCCAGCUUCAACCCGCCCCCACGCAUGCUUGUCCAUCUACAGUCGCCGCUGCUCCUACACACAACGACCGCGGCGAGUCAUCAAUCCGCGCAACGCUGCCGACAAUGAACGCGUACGAAGCGUCGUACGACUCGCUGCCAUUCCGCGCCGCCCCCUCCGAGGCGUCGCUCGAGCAGCAGCAUUCGAUUCUCCCACCACCCAUACUGCAUUUCACGCUCGCGCAUGUUACGCCGCUGUCGCGCAUCCUCGCACAACCGAUGCACUACAUUUCGUCGUCGACGCCGCGCGCGGCAAGGUUCGGCGCAGACGGGGCGGCGGCGCUCGGGGGUGUGAGUUCCAGAGUUAACCUGCUGGUGGUCGUGAAGGAGGUCGGGGAGGUGAAGCGCGUGCGGAACAGGUUUGCUGUCGACGCACCGAACACGGCGGCUCGGUCAGCGAGGGGUGACGUAGGGAGGGGCGUGAGUAGAGCGUUCGAGGAGGCGGCGCGGGAGCAGAAUGCGAGUGACAGCAGAGAUGGGAAAACAGAGAGACUGGAGCUGGUGGUGAUGGAUGGAAGAAUGUCGCCCAUCCGACGACUGAUCGACCACGACAGUAUGGAAGAGUGGAGCCUUGUCGAGGAGCCCGAAGAAAAAAGCCUCUUCACCGUCGUCCUCUGGGGCGCAAUCGCUCGCGACUGGUCCAACCCCGCUCUCUCUCUUCCCGACCUCGGCCUCGACCUCGACCCCACCACCACCCCUGCCACCACGCUAACACCAACACCACUCCAACCGGGCGACGUCAUCUCGCUGACCAACCUCGCACUCUCUCCGCGCCCUCCGCUCCUCCCUUCGCUCCCGCCCUCGGACGCCAAACGACGCCUGGGCACCGGGCUCGCGGCCAAAAUCAGCCUCGCCGCCCACGCCUCCGCACGCAACAAGUCCGCCGUCGAGCUGUGCUAUCGCUCCCACACUCUGCAUCCGCACACAGACGCACCCAGAAACUUCGACGACGCAGUGGCCGCGUUCGACCUGAGGUCGAGACGCGUGCUCGAGCUGUGUCGGCUCUGGAAGUGCCAGCGAUUCUGA